AUGGAGGACCGUCUACAGGAAUUGCUGUCAGCCGGUGGUGUAAAGCCAGACCAGGGAAAGAAAGGAAAGAAGGGAAAGAAGGGCGAGGAGACAAAGCCAACCGCAGGAGAGGAUCGCGGAACGACAUCGACGGAUAAUGGCGACGUCGAGCUUGGCAUCAUUAUAGACGACGAUGGCGAGCAGAUGGAGGAGUUCAUGCCAGAGUUCUAUCAAGAGGUUGGCAUCAUCAAGACUCAAAUGACAUCGAUUCGAAAGAGUGUCAAGAGUAUAGAGGAUAAAUAUGUACUCUCACUAAAUUCUAUUAAUGUAGAUCAAGGUUCGAAGUAUGAAGAAGAUAUCCAGGCAAUGAUUGAGGCAACCAAUCGAUCAUUCACUGACUUGAAGAAGAAGUUGGAGGUGUUGAAGGCUAAUAAUGACAAAUACACAUCACAAAAGUCAGCGACGCCUACCGAGAUACGUAUCCGUAACAACAUGCACAAUACCCUCACACAAAAGUUUGUCGAGAUGAUGAGAGAGUAUCAAGAGGUUCAGAACAACUACAAGAACAAGUACAAGGAGAAAAUCGAGAGACAGUAUAAGAUAGUUAAACCCGAUGCAACACCAGAGGAGAUAAAGGCAGCGAUGGACUCUGGAGACUCGAGCAAGAUAUUUGCCGACACGAUUCUGUACACACAUCUACACACACAGGCCAAGAAUGCCCUGGCGUACGUCCAGGACAGACAUAGGGAUAUCCAGAGACUGGAGCAGAGUAUUGCCGAGCUGCAUCAACUGUUCCUAGACAUGGCGGUGUUGGUGGAGGUUCAGGGAGAGAUGCUCAAUCAGAUCGAGGCCAACGUCGAGUCGACGGUGAUGAACACCAAGGAGGGUGUGGAGAACCUGGCCGAAGCCAACAAGCUGCACCGCAAGGGCCGAAAGAAGAUGUACAUCCUGCUAUGUAUUGUGGUCAUUGUUCUGAUUGCCGUUCUCACGCCAGUCUUGGUCACACAACUCGGAGGAAAGAAAUAA